GACUCUUACGCUGUCGGCCCGUCCGAAGUGGUAGAACGUACUAACAUUAACGCCGCCUUUAUCCCCGGUGCGGGGUAGCUCGGUAGCUCCGGGUUGUUAGUAGAACACUGGUGUGAAUGGUGCCGUCUAAGAUGGGUGAUGCCCGAGGAUAAAUUCUCGCCAUGACCUGUUCACCGAAGGUCCCUGCGUAACUUCCACUGGUGAAUCUAAACUCCAGUAGUAGGGCCAGCUAGUACCGGUAAAAGAAACCGCCGACUUGACCACAGCUGAGUACCGACUUGAAGCACCCCUGAAACCAUGGCUCACCUCAAGGAUCCCAAGCUGCUCGACAUCCCCUACCAGGGGCUCAAGGAAUCCCUCGAAAACUCAAAGUGCGAGUACCGCCGGCUCGGCAACAGCGGGCUGCGCAUCUCGGUGCCCAUAUUCGGGUGCAUGAGCUUUGGCGACCCGCGGACGCUGAACUGGGCCAUCGGCGAGGACGAGGCGCUCCCCUUGCUCAAGGCGGCCUACGACCGGGGCCUCAACACAUGGGACACGGCCAACAUGUACUCAAACGGCGCCUCUGAGAUUAUCGUCGGCAAGGCGCUCAAAAAGUACAACAUCCCCCGGGAAAAGGUCAUCAUCAUGACCAAGUGUUACUUCGCCGUGGGCGAGCAGCCCGAGCUGCGCGCCUUCUUCGUGCCGCAACAGGUGGCCGGGUCCAAGGACUACGUCAACCGGCACGGCUUGUCGCGGGCCGCCAUCUUCAACCAGGUCGAAGCCUCCCUGCAGCGGUUAGGCACCGACUACAUCGACCUCCUGCAGAUCCACCGGUUCGACUACGACACGCCCAUCGAGGAGACAAUGAAGGCGCUGCAUGACCUGGUGCAGAUGGGCAAAGUUCGCUACAUCGGCGCCAGCAGCAUGUGGGCGACGCAGUUUGCACGCAUGCAGUUUUGCGCCGAGCGCAACGGCUGGACCAAGUUUGUCAGCAUGCAGAACCAGUACAACCUGCUGUACCGCGAGGAGGAGCGCGAGAUGAAUCGCUUCUGCAACGACACGGGCGUCGGCUUGAUCCCCUGGGCGCCUCUCUGCCGGGGGCAUCUCGCUCGCCGGCCCGAGGCCUUCGGCUCAACGGAGCGCAGCAAGGUCGAGAAGGAGACCUCCCCCGGCACCCACGGCACCGUCGAGCCCGACUUGACUAUUAUCAAGCGGGUUAUGGAGGUUGCCGACAAGCGCGGGUGGCCGAUGUCUCAUGUUGCGUUGGCAUGGAUCAACAAGCGCGUGUCGAGUCCCAUCAUUGGCUUCAGCAGCGUGAAACGGAUGGAAGAGGCCAUUGAAGCCGGCGGUAAGGUCCUGACGGAGGAGGAGGAGAAGUACCUCGAGGAGCUGUAUGAGCCAAAGAGGAUCAGCGGUCAUGUAUAAGGUAGCUUGCAGAAGCACGUGAAUGUAGUAGAUAGGCCCUGGAAUUAGAGCACUACUUCAAGCUGUG